CUUUUUUUUUUAUUUGGAUUACUUAAUAUCUUCAAAGAAGUUGCUACAUUCAUUAUUGAACUCCACUCGGACUAUUCUUGUUGGAAGCAUGGAUCCCCUAAUGUUCAAUAGUUGACAGUUUGUGGCUUUCCUAUUGCAUUUAAGUUAUUCAGAUAAUUCUACUGAAAUAAAUUAAAGAAGGUUGCGUACGAAAAAAAGAUCCAAACAAAGCAAAAUAUUAUGGAAAAAGCAAAGGCUUAUAUAAAAAAUGAGUUGCGUGGUGGUAAUUUAGCACAAAAUGAAGCUCCUUCUCCAGGACGCCAGAUAUCAGUCACUCCUGUUACAUUAUCUUCUUCCAUGCCGUACAGUAGCUCUGCGGAAAGACUAAGCCAUACGCCCGAUAGCCAAUUGCACCAAAGAAACCAACAAUUACAACAUUCCCAAUAUCAACAACAAUAUUAUCAACAGCAGACGGUAGCCAAAGCAAAUAAUAACAUUAGUAAUAUACGUUCAACUCAUUCUCCGGCGAACAGUGCAGCAGUUGUUCGUACACCACCAUCAUCAGUUUGUUCUCAGGAAGUAGUACCUUUAUGUUAUGUAUGUGGCGGUCAAGGUGGAUAUGAACCGAUACGUGUACGUCCAAAUCAAGAUCGUCCAACGGAAUCUUAUUUUUCAUUUUUGGAACGUCAUGAGGCACCGACUGGAGUACCGCAAAUUACUGCGACACAAAUGUAUGUGAUGGCUUGUAUGUUGUGUUAUCGUUCGUUAAACGAGCAAUGGGACUCAUAUGAACGUGAUAAAAAACCACAUGUGCAACGCAUCUAUCACUUAAAGCGAAUAGAUGGAAAACCUUACAUUGGUGCUGAUAUGACUACACAAGGAGAAUAUGCCGCUCAAAUGUUGGGAUUAAGUGCUGAACAUAUGACUCAAAGUGGAUAUGCUGAUGCAAAUAAUGCAAUAGGUUAUACAUCUGAUUCAUAUAAUUAUACUAAUUCAGGAUCAAGAUCACAGCCACGUGAAUAUAGUCAACAUCAGAGUCAUAUGCAAUAUCGAAAUGAAUCGCCACAUCGUCCAAUAUCGCGCAAUGGUUCACCAAAUCCAGGCGCAUCUCAACAACGUGAUUAUUAUAGUCGAAUGCCUUCUAGUCGCUUGCCUGAUAAACACUCCAGUCGUCCGCAAUCUAGGGAAAGCAGUUUGCAAUCACAUACACAAUUGCAAUCUCCUGGUCCUCGACCUUCAAGUGGGGCUGGUACCUCGUAUGAAAAUCUCAAUAUUAAACCAUCAUCGUUUGCGCAUCAUAAAUUUAAAUUAGGUCAGGUUUCCUAUAUGAAUGCUAUUCCUGGUCAGGCUUAUACGCAACAACAUGGACAACAGCAGCAACUACAAAAUCAUGAUCAUUUACAGCAGCAACAACUCUAUCAACCAUCGCAAUACCAACAACUGCAACAACAAACAGCAGCAUAUCAUUCUUUAACGCAAUCAUCUGGAAUGGCAAUAAAUUCUGUAAAUAACAACGAGUGCAAUAAACAACGUCAGCAACGAAUGAGUCCUUAUAGUACAGUAAAUUCGCAGUCAGCGACAUUUGCAACACAUGUUCCAACGACUGAAGAUGAUGUACCAGCCGUUUUAGAUUUACGCAAUUCAUCGUCAACACUACAAGUUUCUUCCAAUACACGAAAUACUUCCAGUAAUCACCAGCACCCGUCCAUUACUACACCUAAUGCGGUUGAAGUUGGAAUACUCGAUUUAUCAAUGCCAGAUAAAAAUUCAACAACCGAAGUGUGUUAUGUUUGUGGUGAUGAGCAGAGACGAGGAAGUUUAAUUGAAAUAAGUACUGUGAAACCGAAAGAAAUAAAAGAUCGUAACCGUCCUUAUUUCCUUAUUUUCAAUGAGCAACAUCCACGUCCAGCUCGUUCACUUCCGAAAGAUCCACGAGGAAUGAUACAAGCAUGCCGUCUUUGUUAUGAUCAUCUUAUACAGCAGUGGAAUAAUCAUCAGGCUAUAGGACUGGAUCAUGCCUUUUGA